AUGAAGAUGAAGGAGUCAGAAAAUGGAUCUGACUACAUUACGCGCGUACAGAUCGUGGCAAAUAAACUAAAUCGAAACGGAGAAAUGUUACCCGAGACGCGGGUUGUGGAGAAGAUCUUGAGGUCGGUAACCGACAACUUCAAGAAUGUUGUAUGUGCGAUAGAAGAGUCAAAGGAUCUAGCGAAGUUCACAGUCGAUGAACUCACCGAUUCUCUCGAGGCACACGAGCAACGUAAGAAAAAGGAGGAGACACUUGAUCAAGCACUUCAGACUAAGGCAUCAAUAAAGGAUGAAAAUGAGCUGUUUCAUGAUCCCAACGACUCGCCGGUGAUGUGUGUGAACGUCAAAGGCGUCGACUUAGGUAUAAAGCACGCGACGCCUGUGAUGAUACCCAGAGCUACUGGCUGCAUAAUCUCGACUACUAGCACGGCAAGCGUUUCAGAAGGAAUGGGUCCACACACCUACACAACAUCCAAACAUGAUAUUGUCGGCCUCACUAAGAACACUGUUCACGAACUUGGCCGCUAUGGUAUACGUGUCAACUGCAUUUUGCCGUUCGGAGUUGCCAUUGACGAUGCUCGUGAAUGGGUGGAUGGAUGA